GAGCGUCUCUGUCUUCUCGCUUUCUCCCCCUCUUCCAUCCUCGAAGCCGCGACCGGGGCGAGAGCAGCAGCUCCUCCGCCGCCCUCCGCCGCUGCUCCAACGCGCGAUUAGGGUUUUCCUCCGCCGCCGAUGCCGCCGCAUCCGCCGCAUCCGCCGCCGCCGAUCCGGGACACGGCCCUGUCGGAGGAGGAGAUCACCCGCCUCCACCGAAUCCAGAGGACGGUGUUGCAGAUGCUCCGGGACCGGGGCUACCUCGUCACCGACGGCGAGCUCAACAUGACCCGGUUCCAGUUCAUCGAAAAGUACGGCGAGAACAUGAAGCGGGAGGACCUCGUCAUCAACAAGCACAAGCGCAACGAAAGCUCCGAUCAGAUUUACGUGUUCUUUCCGGAAGAGGCGAAGGUCGGGGUGAAGACCAUGAAGACGUACACGACCCGCAUGAAUUCGGAGAACGUGUUCCGGGCGAUAUUGGCUGUUCAGCAGAAUUUGACUCCCUUUGCUCGGACUUGUAUCAGCGAGAUAUCGACGAAGUUCCACUUGGAAGUCUUCCAGGAGGCGGAGUUGCUAGUCAAUAUCAAAGAGCAUGUACUCGUUCCUGAGCAUCAAGUGCUUGCUAAUGAGGAAAAGAAGACUUUGCUACAGAGAUAUACAGUGAAAGAAACACAGCUACCGCGUAUCCAAGUCACUGAUCCGGUUGCGCGCUACUAUGGCCUGAAGCGUGGACAGGUUGUGAAGAUCAUAAGGCCGAGUGAAACAGCAGGGCGAUACGUCACUUACCGAUAUGUUGUCUGAGAUUCCUAUUCUCCAAGCCCAGUGUUGAACUCGAGUCAUAAAUUAUGUAUAGCAGGUGCUGAGGAGGCACAAAUGUUGAGUUCUGUGGAGUUUGCUCUUUUGCCUGUCCGUCCUUGCAAAAGCUGAAGAUGCCAUAAUCUCGAAGCGGAUGAUCUUCUUUCCAAGCAUCUGAUUCUGUGGGAACUCAGAAGUUACAGUGUGUCUGUAUAAUGUCCUAUGAUUGCAAGUGAGACGUUGCUGGGCUCGUUCCUAACUGCCUAGCAGAUCCAUGUAUUUGUCUGGCAGAUAAUCCAUUAAAGUCGUGGCUGUUCCUGGGAGAUUUUUCCCCAUUGUUGAAAGAACAGUUAUUUCAUGGAAAUAGAGACAUAUUAGGGUAGGCUUCUAUUUUUUA